UAGAAUCAUAGUUGUGUGUGUAAAGGUGAAGCAGUGUGGGAUCAAACACCACAUAGUUUCCCGGCUCACUCAGAUCCUGGAGUACAAACCAAACGUGUGGAUUUUGAUAUAGCAACUACAAGGAAAUGUCCAGCAUAAUCUAUAUAUUUCUGACAGGGCUCUGCUUCCUGUUGCUCAGCCCCACUGGUUGUAGUGGCAGCAGGAUUCUGGUAGUUCCUGUUGAUGGCAGUCACUGGAUCAACAUGAAGGUGAUCCUCGAAGAGCUGCACUCCAGAGGUCACACCAUCACUGUGCUGCGCUCUGCCAAGAGCUGGUACAUCCCUGCUAACUCCUCAAUUUAUACUUCUAUUAAUGUGCCCAUGCUGGAGGAUGAAGCAGACAUGGACUACUACAAUAAAAUGUUACUAGAUGUUAUGGAAUGCCGCAGGUUGCCGACUUUUAUACGCACUUUCUGCCAACAGUACUUGAUCACAUCCAUGUUGGCAAAGGGCCAUGAGAUCCUUGCCAGAGCAGCCGCUAUAAUGCUAGAUGACCCUGUCUUUAUUACGAAGCUGCAAGAUUCCAAGUUUGACUUAAUGUUAACGGACCCUGCUCUUACUUUAGGGGUUUUACUGGGUAGUUAUCUCAAGCUACCAAUGGUUUUUAAUGUGCGCUGGAUUAACAAUGGAGAGGGCCAUUUCACUAUAGCUCCCUCUCCUGUCUCCUACGUUCCGGUGUCAGGAAGUGAACUUCAUGAUGAAAUGGAUUUUUUGGAGAGGGUCAAGAAUAUGUUACAUUAUCUCCAUAGUGUUGUUGAGCAGCACUUUAUCAUUAACCCUGCCUACUCAGAUCUGCUCCAGCGGCACUUCCGUCCUGGAACUGACUUGAUGUCUUUGCAGCGUGCAGCUGAUAUCUGGCUGGUGAGGACAGAUUUUGUCUUCGAAUUCCCUCGACCCACUAUGCCUAACCUGGUCUACAUAGGGGGUUUCCAGUGCAAAAAGGCCCACCCCCUUCCUGUUGAAUUAGAGGCCUUCAUGCAGAGCUCUGGUGAACAUGGGGUGGUGAUCAUGUCGCUGGGGACACUGGUGUCAGCCCUGCCUCGUGAGAUCACAGAGGCCAUCGCUGCUGCUUUUGCUGAUCUCCCUCAGAAGGUGGUGUGGAGGUUCGUGGGAGAAAAGCCUGCUUCCUUGGGGAACAACACCCUGCUGGUAGACUGGCUGCCACAGAAUGACCUCCUUGGACACCCCAAGACUCGUGCCUUUGUAGCCCAUGGAGGAACCAAUGGCAUGUAUGAGGCUAUUUACCAUGGCGUUCCCGUUCUGGGCCUGCCUCUCCUCUUUGACCAGUUUGACAACCUACACCGGCUGAAGGUACGUGGGGCAGCACGGGUGGUGGAGGCCAAAUCACUCACCAAAGCAGAUUUCCUGGAGGCUCUAAAGGACAUUCUGGAGACUCCCUCAUACCGUGACAAUAUACAGCGUCUCUCACACCUUCACCGUGAUAAGCCAGUGCCUCCAAUGGACACAGCCAUCUUUUGGAUUGAGUAUGUAAUCAGGAACAAAGGAGCAGCCCAUCUGCAGUCAGCAGGUUUUAGAUUGCCGUGGUACUCCUACUUCUGCUUCGAUGUGGCUGUUUUAAUUAUGGCUCUCAUUGGAGCUUGUACCUGGGUUGCAGUCUUAGUAUGUAGGAUUCUCUGCUGCCGAAUGUCAAUGAGAAAGUUGAAAGCAGAGUAACUGAUUCGAUAAUAACUAAUAAUAAUAAGUGUUGUGCUCAAAUAACUAAUCAGAUAUCUAAAAAUAAGUGAAGUUUAACAGUGACUCACUUUCAUUUGCUGUUUAGUCACAGUUCUGGCUCAUAUUCUGACCUUUUCCAGAAAGUAAAGCUCUUAAUCAGUGUGCUAGUGUCAUUUUGUUUUACAUGCAGAUAAUCUUGUAAUAAUGUUUCUGAUAUGGUAAAAAU